AUGUCGCAAAGUCCAGCAUCAAAGAAGAAUAAGAGGAAAGAAUUUGCGGAACGCGAUCGCGCGAAUCUCGACGUUCGCAUAUUGGGAAUUUCAGCGAAGGCGAGCCAGCGGGUCGACUACUCAAAAUUGCUUGAAAUUUCAGUUGGUAUUAGCUUUGCUGGUUGGCAUCACAGGAUUGUCGGAAGUGUUCUACCUAGUGUUGCUGGGAACAAAUUUAUAAAUUCACUAAUGUUUCUAAUUUAUUUCGUUUACCUCAUGAUUUUCUGCACCGUCGGAACCGGCAACGACGAGGUCGAUUUCGGCGUCGAGACCGCCGCGUUUCUUUUCGUUUGGGUUCCGAUCAUCGCGAUUUUCUACGCAAUUUUCACGUUCGUCCUUUCUCGACUUGGAUGGCUCGGACACUAUUCGCGAGUCGCUGCAACGAAUUCGACGGACGGCGCAAAAUCGACGCAUUCGACACUCUCGACAUUAUUCGCAUCGGAAAUCGGAUCACGUGCCGGCUCGUCGAGAGGAUCGAAAUCAAAAGCUUCCAACGAUUUCUGA